AAUAAUGUCCUAACAGAUCAAAAUACUCUACGUGGCAUUCUGCGAGUCCUUCCUUUUACAGUGGAAAAAUCUUACACCUAACGAGCUCAGAAGCCUCACUUCGGUCAGUUUCGUUAGUAACCAAGAAACAAGAUUGGCCUGACCUGGACGCCAAGUUCAAGCCUUCUACAGGUAAUUUGCCAAAGCAAUCACUAAGCGACAUCUCGUGUACUCUUAUGUGCAUAUAACUUUCCCCUUCUCCCUUAUCCAGUUGGAAGAAAAAAGCAACACAUAAAAGCUCUCCUUUUUUCAUUUGAAAUUGGGUCCUCUGAAAUUCGGGAAUUUCAAUAAUUUCUGGGUACAUCAAAAAUGUUUUUCUUUUUCCUUACACUUGAAAAGAAUAUCAAAAGCAAUUUAUUGGUAGGAUUUAAAAGAGGAAAUAAGCAAUUUAUUGAAAGCUCUCCUAUGGUUGGAAACAAAAUCCAGGAAAGAUUACAUUCUAAAGACAAAGGAAUUCUUGAAAGUGAUUGUCCUGUGUAUCGGAUAUCAAUAUUUUUUUGCUUGCUUAUCUUUGCGAUGGCUAUCUGUUUAUUGAUAAUGUGGAAUUUAUUCUAUGCAAGUAAUAUUUCACGGUUUUCAACCUAAGAUAUUGGAAUCGGCAGGUGUUAUGUCAUACUAUUCUUUGGGAAGCUUGCUUUUGCUAUCAAAAUUGUUCCUAGAAUUUGACAUAUCAUAUUCACAAGCCUUACUGGAACAUGGAAGUAACAUGAAAUCUGCAACUUUCCUAUCCCCUAAGUUCGUAUUGGCACCAGGAUCAGUGGAGAAUAGGUGGUACUUCAAUAUUGAUUUCCCAAGAGGUCAUAUUGCUGUCAAGAGCUUUAAUGCUGAAGUAAUUGAUGAGGCAGGAAAUUCUGUACCCCUUCAUGAAACUUAUCUUCACCACUGGCUUGUUGAAAAAUACUAUCAUCGUCUAGAUGUGGCAAAUAGUGAGAACAAUGGCAACUCAGAUGUUAUGCUAGCAAAAAACAGUGGAAUAUGUCAGGGUGGUAUUCUUAGACAACAUUUUGGCCUUGGAUCUGAAACACGAGGAACAGCUACACAUGUUUCGGAUCCUUAUGGUAUAGAAAUUGGCAAUCCUGAUGAAAUUCCUGCAGGAUAUGAAGAGAGAUGGCUUCUUAAUGUGCAUGCUAUCGAUACAAGAGGUGUUGAAGAUAGGUUGGGUUGCACUGAAUGCAAGUGUGAUAUAUAUAACAUCACAGUAGAUGAAUUUGGUCGUCCUAUCAGACCAGAUUAUAAAGGAGGUUUAUUUUGUUGCUAUGACCAUACACAAUGCAAAGUAAGACCUGGUUAUGAGGAUGUGCGGAGGAGCCUCUACUUGCGGUAUACAGUGAAGUGGGUUGAUUGGGAUAGUAGCGUCAUCCCUGUGAAGAUCUUUAUACUUGAUGUCACUGAUACUGGGAAACGGCUUAAUGAUUCAACAAUAUUAAGUCCAGAGAGUGGUUGCCAGAUUGAGUAUGAAGUUGAGGCGUGCAGCACAACUGCUUUAACCAGUGAUGACUGCAUCGACAUAAAAAGGACAAGCCUAAUCAUCCCAACUGGUGGUUAUGUCAUCUAUGGUGUUGCACAUCAGCACACUGGCGGGGUUGGCUCAACUCUUUAUGGAAAGGUGAUUUCAAUCUUAAAUUACUGGAUAUGUAGUUCUAGAAUCAUGAGACAUUGGCAUGAUGACAUCUUAUGCUGAUUGUUUUGUAUAAAUUGGAGACAGAGCCCUUCCAGAUUCACAGACUGAUUGCAUUGCCGAGUGGAUUUUCCAAUGACUCUGAUCACCUCUGGCUCUAUGUUUCCAAGUGCAUAGAUUGUAGAGCUAUUUGAUUGAUUGCCAUAGGAUGAAUUUGAUUCAUACAUAAUUCUAAUAGAGAAGAUUGUAAUAUACUAGCAUUCCCCCUUUUGACCAACAUAUUCUAAGUUCUCUGUCUGCUUCUCCUUCGAGACAUCGCCUUAUGUCCAUGUCAUAGAUUGGUUCACUUAGUAAUGCUAUGCAACCAUACAUUUCCUAUCACGCAUUCCCCUUUUUGACCAACAGAUUCUAAGUGCUUUGUCUGCUUCUCCUUCGAGACAUGGUUUUAUUUCUGUGGAACAGAUUGGUUCACUUCUUAAUGCUAUGUAAUCAUACAUUUCCUAUCAAUUAUAAUUUUUGUUCCUGGCCUACAAUUUAUUGCA